AUGCCUAAGGCACGACCAUUGAGCGCCCAGUCGAAGGCGGCAUGGAGCGACUUCGGUGGAUCUCAACCCGGUAGUCAGUUUGAUUUUGAUAAACAAAAUAUCCGUGACGACCCGGACCUCAUCACACCGGUUGCAGCGGAAGGCGGCUCUGGCCGAAAGAAGCGGCCCGCCAGCGCGGUGACUCCGGCCACCCAGAAGUCACGGGGCUUCCUCGGCAAAAUCGGCCAUGGCAUCCGAUCGUUAUGGAUGACGAAGGACACGGAGAACGUGAAGGAGGACAAGGAGCUGCACGUGAAGACCACCCUCCGCGAGCUCAUCAUCUACUGUAUCUUCCUGGCCAUACUCUGCAUAGUGACGUUUGGUAUGACUGGCGUGGACAUGUUCUACUACACGAAGGUGGUCAGCGAUCUGUUCCUGGACAGCUCCUAUACUGGUGGCGGCACCUUCCGCUCCAUCACCAGCGUCGACGACUUCUGGAAGUUUUCAAAGGGCCCGAUGCUGAAGGGUCUGUACUGGGAGACGUGGUACAACGGACAGCCGGUGCCCAAUGACCAACUAGGUUACGUCUACUACGAAAGCAAGUUGUUGGGGAUUCCCCGCCUCCGCCAGCUCCAGGUUCACACUAACUCUUGCGUCGUGCACGACGACUUCAAAGGCGUCAUUCGUGAGUGCUACGAAUCAUACUCCGAGGCCCUGGAGAACACGAAACCGUUCGGUGAACAGGACAACAAGACUGCAUGGUAUUAUCAGAGUGAGGAGGAGCUCGACGGCGGUAGCCACUGGGGAUUGAUGGCAACCUAUAGCGGGGCGGGGUACGUGCAGAACCUCGGCACCAACAUGAGCCAGGCCACCGAAACUAUCGACUACCUGUACGACAAGCUCUGGAUCCAGCGUGGCACUCGUGUUGUCUUCCUCGACUUCACUAUCUAUAAUGCAAACAUCAACCUAUUCUGUGUUGUAAAGUUGACGGUAGAGUUUCCACCGACAGGCGGCGCGAUUCCACACUGGACACUGCGGACGGUGAAGCUGAUCCGCUACGUGUCGGUCAUGGACUACUUUGUCAUGGCCUGCGAAUUCAUGCUAGUCGUCUUUAUUGUCUAUUACUCCGUGGAGGAAGCCAUCGAGAUCAAGAAGCACAAGUGUUCGUACUUCAAGAGUGUGUGGAACAUCAUGGACAUCCUGGUGAUCUUGCUGGCCACAAUCUGCGUUGCAUUCAACGUGUACCGCACGAUCGCCGUGGACAAUCUCCUUCAGGAACUGGUCACCAAACCGGACGAGUACGCCAACUUCGAGUUCCUAGCCUAUGGCCAGGAACAGUUCGACAACGCAAUUGCCAUCUGUGUUUUCCUAGCCUGGAUCAAGAUCUUUAAGUACAUCAGCUUCAACAAGACGAUGACUCAGCUUUCGUCCACCCUGGGUCGCUGCGCCAAGGACCUUGCUGGGUUCGCGGUGAUGUUCUUCAUCAUCUUCCUGGCCUUCACCCAACUAGGCUACUUGCUGUUUGGUACCCAGGUCAAGGAUUUCAGCAAUUUCCAGAGUUCUUUCUUCACUCUGUUCCGAAUCAUCCUCGGUGACUUCGACUUCGCUCAGUUGGAGCAGGCUCAUCGCGUCCUUGGUCCGGUCUUCUUCAUGCUGUUUGUCUUCUUCGUGUUCUUUGUGCUCAUCAACAUGUUCCUGGCAAUCAUCAAUGAUACCUACUCUGAGGUGAAGGGCGACCUGGAAAACAUGCCCAACGAGUUUGAGAUGGGAGACUACUUCAAGAAGAGCUACGAGAAGGUGUUGUCGAAGCUGAACGUGAAGCACGAUAAGAUUGUGGACAUCCAGAAGGCGCUCAACAACGCCGACAUGAACAACGACAAGCAGGUUGACUUUGACGAGUGGAGGCAGAACCUUAAGACUCGCGGAUACGCUGACGGUGAGAUCGAGGCGCUAUUCGCCAAGUACGACAUCGACGGUGACCGCGUGCUGGACGAGGAGGAGCAGAAGCGCAUGCAGGCCGACCUUAACGAUCAGAGGAUGGCGCUAACAAAAGAGUAUGACGAUAUGCAGCGACCGGACAGCACGGGGCGAUCCACAAGUCGCGUGAGCUUCAACGACGACAGCGAAAGCGACGAGGACGACAACCUGAACAAGUCCGCACGUUCAAACGCUUCAGGUGGUGUGGUUUCAGGCGUGUCGUAUGAGGAGUUCACAGUACUGGCGCGGCGCGUGGACCGGAUGGAGCACUCUAUCGGCAGCAUCGUGUCCAAAAUCGACGCCGUCCUCGUUAAGCUGGAGGCCAUGGAAAAGGCCAAGUCCAAGCGGAAAGACAACAUGACUAAAAUGCUGGACACAAUAUCAUCGGACCGAGGCCAGGGUGACGCGGCGCGUGCUGACAAGAUGGAACGUUUCGUGCGGGAGGAGCUGGACAAAUGGGACAGUGAGGCAACCUUACAUCUGCCGCCAUUGACCUCCAAUCUGCCACCCCUCACAUCCCAGCCGCCGUCAAUUGCCCGCAGCCUCUCCCCCGUACCACCCUCUAUCGUCUCGACCCCCACCCCCAGCCGUCCUUCCUCGGCGCGGUCCAGAAACACGAAUUUCAUUGACGAAAUCUAA